AUGACGGCGACCUCGCCUUCCAUACCGACCGCGCCCGUGCUGCAGCCUCCGCCGCUGUUUGCGCCCGUCGCACCCUGCAUCUACCGCAGCGCGACGCCCCCGCCCUCGUCGCACGCCUUCCUCUCGACGCUCCAUCUCAAGACCAUCCUCAGCCUCACAUCGGAGCUGCCUUCCACCUCGCUCCAGUCCUACGCCCGCAAGAACGGGAUACGCUUCAUCCACUUUGGGCCCUACUCGUCCUCGUUUCCACAGGCCUCCUCGGCAUCGGCGUCGGCCCCCUUCUCGCUGCCCGCCUUUGCCUCUUCCUCGUCUCUCUUCAACAGCACCGCCGCCACCACCACCGCCAGCCCACCCACCAUCGCCGCACCCAUCAGCAGCACCAUCACCACAGAGACGCUCAAGGACUCGCUCCAGCUCCUCCUCGACUCGUCAAACCACCCCAUCCUCGUCACCGACACCAGCGGAAUACAGGAGACGGGCAUCCUCCUCGCCUGCCUCCGCAAGCUGCAGCGCUGGAACUUUGCCACCAUCCUCGUCGAGUACCGAAACUUUGCCGGAAACCGCGCAAGAGCCGCAAACGAGAGGCUCAUCGAGAUGUUCGACACCGACCUCAUCACACUGCCCCAGCAAGAGGACCUGCCCGCAUGGUUCGCACAGCAGGUCGCAUGGGACGAAGACGAGCUCGACCGUCGUAGGAUGGGCGAGAUGCUGUGA